UGAGACAGGUUCUUCUUCAAAGGUCAAGACAUUUUCAAGAGUCUAUCCAAUCUCUAUACCCGAAUGGUUGAGUUCUGAAACUGAGCAAUCAGUUCCCCCUUAUAGCAUAUCUAAGGAAUCAUCUUCAAGC